AUGCCUGUCAACUUCAUCGUCUCUGCUCUCCACGACUUCAUACAGAACGAGCGCAAGACCAACUUCUCGUUUUUGUCACGGUACAGCCACUUCUAUAAGCGUCAGGAAGACCUACUCGUGGUUUCUUCGGCAAACAUCGAAGACAUCGAAGCCGUCCGUAGGUCCACUGUGUGCGAUGCGACAACUGACUAUGAUGACUGGUAUACCUUUAUCGAGCCGCGGCGAUCCGACGGCUUUGCUCGCACCGUCGCGAUCUUGAAACCGCCUGGAAGCAAUGGACCAGUACACGUCGAUGAUCUUAGGGUCGUUGAGUUUGGUAAGAAGAACAUGAACGAAUGCGGAGCAGCAGCCUGGAUACGUGAUACAUAUUGUACCGCCGCCGACGACAUGUAUGCGAUGAGAUUCUCCAAGAUGCAAUACGACGAGCAGAAUUUAUGGUGGCAAGGCACCGAUCAGGCUUUCCGGUUGUUGGCAUUGCCUCUGGAGAUGCGUGAAGCCAUCUAUCUGCAGAUAAUCGGUCCAGUCGUUGUUCCCGAUAUGGUUGUACAGUCUGAUAUGCGGAAGAAGCUUGUCCUUGGAAAAGGCCAUUCAUUCGAGGAUCGCAGUCGCGUAGGGCGCCGUGUCGACCCUGAUAUACAACGUCCGAAUAUGACUAUCAUGCGCAUCUGCAAACAAGUCAACGAAGAAGCGACUACAGUUGCCAACCGCGAUACCCUCAAGCGGUUCACACGGCUUCGCGCGCCAAUUGGCCCUCAAAAGUCGAUGACUGAUAUCUGGCACAACCUCCCAUUUGUGUCAAUGCCGGUCAACUUCCUUCGAAAGUUGCAGCUCGAGAUGUGCGCAAGAGAUUACCUAGAAUUUUGCGGCAUUCGUCCACUCCCAGGACAACCGCUGCGUCAAUCUGUUACCUUCCCGUUCACUCUAUCCUCUCUAAACUCACUCAAGAACCUCGACACAAUCGAUUUCCGCUUCAUAGGACCGGAGCACAACCUCGCCGAUUGUCCCUGGAAAGGCCCGCAUUCUUGCCAAAAGAAGUGGAUAGACCUCUUCUUCGUUGCCGCCUGGGACGCUUUGAACAUGCUCAAAGGCUCCAAGGGAGUCAAGUAUAGCAUGAGUGGAUGUAUAAAGAACUCUGCGCGGCAUCAGUGGAUGCGGCUUCUCAACGACAGGAGCGUCGACCAUACGGCUGGUGUCAAGGCGAUGGAAAGACGCAUGCAAGCGACUAUGACGGACGAUGCGAGCCUAGAGUGCGAAUGCACGAAUCCUUGUAUAGGUGGGAGUGGGUUGUUCCAGGUUGAGCCGUUUGAAUUGAGGUUGAUUGAGGGGUUGCAGGCGGAGUUGGAUAGGGCGUAUUGGGAUUUUGAGGAUUAG